AUGACUGAGACUGCUGCAAAAGAGAAUCCUGUCGUUUUCUUUGACAUCUCAAUCGGCAAUGUCGCUCAGGGCCGCCUCAAACUAGAGCUCUUUGCUGACAUCGUACCCAGAACUGCUGAAAACUUUAGACAAUUCUGUACAGGCGAGGCAAAGGACGCUCGUAACGUACCGCAUGGCUACAAAAACUCACAAUUUCAUCGAGUCAUCUCAGGCUUCAUGGCACAAGGUGGAGAUUUCCUCAAUGGCGAUGGUACAGGGAGUGCCAGUAUAUAUGGCAGUACACGCUUCAAUGAUGAGAAUUUUACACUGAAACACGAUAAGCCAUUCCUCCUAUCCAUGGCAAACUCUGGCCCAAACACCAACGGCAGCCAGUUCUUCAUCACCUUUGCGCCAGCACCGUUUCUCAACAACAAGCACGUUGUGUUUGGCCAAGUCGUUGCUGGGAAGGAUAUUGUGCAGACUAUGGAACGUGCGCAAACCGUUAAUGACCGUCCAAAGCUACCCAUCGUCAUCACGCAAUGCGGCCAAAUGUACUAA